UUUUUUAUUGUCUUAUAGUUCUCUCAGUCCAGUGUUUAUUUCUUUGUCUAGGCUUGUCUCAAUUUACCCUAACAUUUUAGGGCUGGCCGUUACGAGGUGGAUGGGUAUGUGUACAGUGCAGCGGAAGAACCCAGAAUUAUGAUUACAGGGAAGUGGAACAAGUCCCUGAGUUGCCAACCAUGUGACCAAGAAGGCGAUCCGCUUCCAGGCACGGAGCUGAAGGAGAUCUGGAGAGUUGCUCCUGCCCCACAGGGCGACAAGUAUCAGUACACACAAUUUGCACACAAAAUAAACAGCUUCGACACGGCACCUAAGAAGCUGUUGGCAUCUGAUUCACGGUUGAGGCCUGAUAGAUAUGCCCUCGAGAAGGGUGACAUGUCUAAGUCUGGGGCAGAGAAGAGCAGGCUCGAGGAACAACAGAGAGCUGAGAAACGAACUCGAGAGGCCAAGGGCGAGCAAUUUACUCCUAGAUGGUUCAACCUGACAGAUGUGGUCUCCCCUACACCGUGGGGUGACCUGGAAAUUUAUGAAUACAACGGAAAAUACACAGAGCACCGGGCUGCCAUAGACGGCUCCGAUGUCACCGACGAGACAAAUGUCACUUCAGUCAAGUUCAGCCCAUGGCAAUAUGGUAGAUCAUCUUCCCAAUGAUUCUCCGUGGCCAGAAGCCGCCAUGCCUACGCUCGCUGUGUAAAACACUUCCAGGCCUGGCCUUGCUGGUUUGUUGUGCCAUCAGCGGUUUCCUUGCCCUUGUAGUAUUGUGGCCUUCCCCCCCUUUCCCUUAAAUGCUACAGUUAUUCAGGAAGUGGUGUAGUCCGUGUACUGUCGCAAGUCUAGCAGAGAUUGCAGAGUUUUGUUGAA